AUGUACAUUGAAGGUACAAUUGAAGAAACUAAAGAUUUUAACAAAACAACUUCUGCUGUUGCUAACAACCAGACAUCAACCAGCACAGGUGCUACUAAAGCCUCUGCUGCUGUCACAGUUACCACCACAGCUACCACUCAUAAAAUUAGCGGAAACAAAAAAAAGAUGGACCAUUCAGAUGACAGUGGCAAGUUCAGUGUCCACAGCCGCUACAACAACGCAAGCAGCAACCUCAUCAUUGAAAGUGACAACGGCGAUGAUGAUGAGGAAUUGCAAGAAAAUAAGCAACAGCAGUCCGAUAAAGGUUUGGCUGGUUUGAAAAAGAUGGAGAGAAAUGUCGAAGACGAUUUUGUUAUAAAAUCAAAGUCGCCUCAACAGCAACCUCACAAGGGCAGGGAAGCUUCGGAAGCUGCCGAGAAAGCUUCUGCUAUGAUUUUCAAUUACGUUGGUUUCUUGCUUUCAUUCUAUUUCUGCUAA